GGGCGGGAAAGGCGGUUGGAGAGGGAGGGGCGAGCGGUUACUCACUCCAUGGCGGCAGAAAGGGGAGGCAGCGGAGGCCUCGGCUGAAGAAAGAAGGCAAGAGCGGAUAGCGCAGAAACCCCUCCAAGGUUGCAGACGCCGACGGAUUUGCUUUGGGAGCUGGAGUAGCUGCUGCCACCGAGAGCUGGAGCCAUGAGCGCGUUUAACUUUGGAGGUGCGGGGGCCCCCACAGGCGGGUUCACGUUUGGCACUACGAAGACAGCCACCACCACCCCUGCCACCGGGUUUUCUUUUUCCACCCCUGGCACUGGUGGGUUUAAUUUUGGGGCGCCCUCCCAAUCAGCUGCAAGCACCCCCUCAACCAGCCUGUUCACACUCACCACCCAGGCACCCGCAACUCAGACCCCAGGGUUCAGUUUUGGAGCAACGACUCCUGCUUCCGGAGGAACAGGGUUUUCCUUAGGUGUAAACACCCCAAAGUUAAACCUGGGGAACCCCACGGCCACUCAGGCCACAGUGAACCCCAGCGCCUUUGGGCUGGGCAGCAGCAGCCUCACCAAUGCUAUAACAAGCACUGUCACCUCAGGCCAGGCAACACCUGGUGGCUUCGUGUUUGGCUCCUCCACCACCUCUGCCCCUGCGUCCACCACCUCUGGAGGGUUCUUGUUCACUGGUGGGAGCACAGCUCAGUCCGGGACCUCCGGCUUCAGUGUGGGCUCCCUGGGGAGUGCGGCACAGCCCACAGCCCUGUCCGGGUUACCGUUCACUCCAGCCACACCGGCAGCCACUGCAGCCGGAGCCACCCAGCCGGCCGCUCCUGCACCCGCAGCCACCACCACCAGCACCGGGCCCACACUCUUUGCCUCCAUUGCCACUGCUCCAGCCUCAUCCACUGCCCCCAGCCUCUCACUCUGCCCUCCAGCAACCUCAACCACAACCCCGGGGACUGGGGCACUGGGCUUCAGUUUAAAGGCCCCUGGAACGGCUUCCAGCGCAUCUACCGUGACGUCCACUGCUGCUGCCACCAGCACCACUGCCACUGGUUUUGCCUUGAAUCUGAAACCACUGGCUCCAUCUGGGCUCUCCAACGCUGUGCCCUCUGCCGGAACGGCUCCAUCUGGCCCCGGUGCAGCCUCAGGGGGUUCUACCAGCCCCGCGUUGACCUACGCCCAGCUGGAGAGCCUGAUCAACAAGUGGAGCCUGGAGCUGGAGGACCAGGAGCGGCACUUCCUACAACAGGCCACACAGGUCAACGCCUGGGACCGCACGCUGAUCGAGAAUGGCGAGAAGAUCACCUCCCUGCACCGCGAGGUGGAGAAGGUGAAGUUGGACCAGAAGCGGCUGGACCAGGAGCUCGACUUCAUCCUGUCGCAGCAGAAGGAGCUGGAGGACCUGCUGAGCCCACUGGAGGAGGCGGCCAAGGAGCAGAGCGGCACCAUCUACCUGCAGCACGCCGACGAGGAGCGCGAGAAGACCUACAAGCUGGCCGAGAACAUCGAUGCUCAGCUCAAGCGCAUGGCGCAGGACCUCAAGGACAUCAUCGAGCACCUGAACGCGGCCGGGGGUCCCGCCGACUCCAGCGACCCGCUGCAGCAGAUCUGCAGGAUUCUCAAUGCGCAUGUGGACUCGCUGCAGUGGGUCGACCAGAACUCCGCCCUGCUGCAGCGGCGGGUGGAGGAGGCCGGCAGGGUGUGCGAGGGCCGCCGCAAGGAGCAGGAACGCGGCUUCCGGAUCGCCUUUGACUGAUGGGCACCUGUGCGCUGCGGGGCAGGGCGAUGUGCGGUUACGGCCUGGUGUCUGGUCGCUCGCUUGUUGGUUUUCCUUUCUUUCAAGUGAUUGUGCUGUUGCGCAAACCAUUGUUAUUUGACUUUCACCUUAGCAAGUAGACAGCAUUUGAUGCCUUUGAUCCAGGUAGCCACCCCAGUAACUGUGGGUCCUGGGUGUAAUCGUCUGUGUUUCUUCCAUUAGACCCUUUCACCUCCUACCAUCACUGACCUUGUCCUCGUCACUCCGAUUCACCUACGAGCAAGUCCAGUUCCUUCAGGGUUUGUCAGGUGGCCACACCAGUCAACAUGUAGUCGUAGGUACAGUGAAUAAAAAAAAGAAAAAUGUUCAGAUCAUCUCUAUCCUUCGAGAUGGUAGCAGCCCAGUUCUGGAGUGUGAGAUCUAUCCAUCAGUACAAGGAAGUGAGUACGGACGGGACAGAUGGUAGGGUACAAAAAUUUAGGAGAAAAGACAGGUCAGGUGAGCAACCCGAGCAAGGUACUGAGAAAAGGGUACUGUCCCAGCAGGAAGGCCUCCCUUUGCCUGGCCAAAUGCCUGUCUUUGGGGACUUCCCUGAGCCAUCACCUUCUCCAGGAGGUCCUCUCGGCCGUCCUGCAAUACCCAUAGCACACUGAGCUUGCAUCUGUGGUAACACUUGCCAUGCUGUCUUGUGCCAACUGUACUCCUCUGUCUCCCUGUUAGACUGUUGUUCACCUUUGUGUCCCUGCAUAGUCCUUGUCACGUUUGUUAAAUGAAGGAACAACAAAGAUGAAAGCAGGCCUGACAUUGGCCCACAAAAGUGCCUGCUCCACAAUCACCGAAGGUGGCCACAGACCUGCUCUGGAAUGUUCCAACAGCCAAAGUGAACCUAGUCAUUUAGAGUGAGGUUCACGGUGCCCAGAGGGUGGAAGCCCGCCAGCCAAGUCCCAGGUGUCUUGUGUGUUGGUCUUUACAUUCUGCUUCCUUCUUUGAAGUACCUGUAAUGAUUGUGUUCUCUCCUAAAUAAAACAAGUUUAUUGUGAAACAGAAAA